GACGCGCUAGGAUUGCUUUCGGUGCAGUCGCAUUUUGGCACUUGAUAAAAUACAUUCGGAGCAGUCAGACACCAUGCAACUCUUCCGAAUAUUCAACUAUUUUGCAUUGUGUCUUCUAUGCUUCCCUCUUGCGUUGGGUUCAUUAGGCCUUAGCGAGACCUACUGCGAGAAAACACUGGAUUGUAAUGGACCGAAUACACUAUGUAUUAAAAACCGUUGCAUCUGCAUCAAGAGUCACAAAUGGGACGAAGAAGGUUAUGAAUGCGGCAUAGAUUUCACCACUGAAUCUCCUGAACAAAAUAAAUCAGAACCUGAUGUUGUCAAGGUACAUGUGCAGGAUGAUAAGAAAGUACCAAUUUCAUUUUACAAAUCUGCUAGUUUCUUCGCAUCCUACACCUUCAUCAUAUCCUGUGUUAUAAUUAGUAUAUUCACGUGCUACCUAAAGAUCUUAGCCGUGCGACGUUGGCAAAUGCGUUUACGUGAGAUUAGACACAUCAAUAGUUAUGUCUAAAUCAAGAAACGCGAAUAACGGGAAAACUAUAGAAUCAAGUAUUCAAUAUGAAUCUUUUCUUUCGGUCUUUAAAAACUAUAAAA